ACAUACUGACACGUGUGUGAACCGGCAGCAGGUGGAUCAGACAGCAACCUGGAUUAUGAACAAGCAUCUCAUUUAAAGGAAGCUCCUGUUUUGUUCUUUUACAACCUGGAGGACGGGAGAGGAUGGGAUUCACUCUGUGUUCUGCUGUGAGCCGUAAAGUGGGUCAACACCUGAGAAGGAGCUGAAAGCAGAAGCAGAACUGAGGCAGUUUUGUCCUCCUGAAAGAGCACAAGAGAGGCGGGAAACACUGAACACACUGGGAAUACAGAACAGUUGAUUCCUUGUACUUUUUUUUCAGCUGUGCACACUGUAAAUAUUGGAAAUGUUAGCUCAAGUAAAUGGAAUUUGUCUCGCAUUUGAACAGCUCUAAUUUGCAUUUUGACUAAUUGUGUUACAACCCCAAACUGGUUUUACAGGCUGAACUAAUGCAACUGAAUCUAGUGGAAACCUACCAAGCUUUUAACUAGAGGAGGAAAGUGUGCAGCAGUUGUUUUGGAUGCAGCCAAACAGAAUUGUCUUUUCCUUCAUAUGACUCAAGAAAGAUAACGCCAUCUCUCAACCUCAAAGGCCAAACACAUUCCAAGUGAUCCACACUAACAGGAGGCAUCGUUUCCUCUCCACGCCUUCACGUCCAGAACAGUCUCCUGCUGGACCUCCACCAUGCAGACACCGGGACCCGAACACGACGACUCCUUUGAUUUUCUGUUCAAGAUCAUCCUCAUCGGAGACUCCAACGUGGGGAAAACCUGCGUGGUUCAGAAUUUCAAGUCGGGGAUUUUCUCCGAGAAGCAGCAGAACACCAUCGGGGUGGAUUUCACUGUGAGAACUGUGGAUAUCGAAGGAAGGAAAGUCAAGAUGCAGGUGUGGGACACGGCAGGCCAGGAGAGGUUUCGUACCAUCACCCAGAGCUACUACCGCAGCGCUCAUGGCGCCAUGAUUGCCUACGACAUCACAAGACGCCCGACCUUUGACUCCGUGACCCACUGGAUCAAGGAGGUGGAGCUGUAUGGAGCCACCAACGUUGUGCUGGUUCUCAUAGGUAACAAAAGCGACCUGGAGGACGAACGGCAGGUUCUGUUUGAGGAGGCCUGCAAUAUAGCAAAGGAGAGAGGCAUCCUAGCUGCUCUAGAAACAUCUGCAAAGGAGAGUCAGAAUGUGGAAGAAGCCUUCCUGAUGAUGGCCAGAGAGCUGAUGUCUCGUAACGGCCUUCAUGUCCAGCAGGGGGACUCAGACAACGACACACCUCGAAUUCUCCUCCGAGCCAACUCUCGACCAGUCGAUGGCGCUGCAGCUGCGGCGUACACGCCACCAGAGAAGAAGACGUGUUGCUGAUGCACAUGAGGGAAAGACAAGAGGGGUUGGAGAUUUAAAGAUGAAGGACUUCUACCACUAUGAAUGUUAGAGAAGAAGAAUGGUAGCAAAGUGCAUUGGGAGUGGACGAAGGCCAGCACGGCCUCAAGGACCAAGAACCUUUGCAUUGAGGAAGUUUAGGGAAUGAUUUUAAGUAUUAAAACAUCAAUGCAGUGUACUUUGCUGUUACUUCCUGACCUGAAAGAACUGUGAAGCAGGCAUGUUUACCAGUAAGCAAAUAGGAGAAAGUGGUGAGGGUGAUGGGUUUCAUCAGUGUUGUAGGAAGGUUACAGUAACCAGUCUCAUUUACAUCAACUAUACCUGCACUGUUUUUCAGCUUUUUUAAUGUCACACCAGAUGGCAGUUUCACAGUUCUCUAUCUCUUGUGUUUUUACAUUGGAAUCGCAACUCUUCGCGUUGUAUCGUGUCAAAACGCCGUCUUCAUGCUUCACUCUGCCGAUAAAAAGUUUCGAAAACCCAGAAAAGGACUAUUAGAUGAGACUUUCACCUUUCUUGCAGUGCAACUGUGCUGAGCUGUGAUGUGUGACAAUCCACUGGAGGACCUGCUGUUAGCCGAAACACUGUGAAUUAUGCAUAUUUGUUUGACUUUGUCUUGUGACGAUUGCAAACAUGAUGAUGUCUCAUUUUGUCAUAAAUCGCUUUGGUUGUGUUCCAAA